AUGUGAGUACAAAGGGCGGUGACUGUCUCUGCUCUUGCAGACUCCCUAACACUCACUCUCACAUUACGCUGUGCAAUGGGACGCUGUGCUGACAGGACGUCUCGGGUGUGUAUUGGAUUACUGGUGCUCCUGUUUUGGGGUGCAGCUGCCACUGUUGCAUAUGCCGCUUAUGUUUCAGUAUCCACUUUCAGGACCUAUAAGCCUUUCUUCCAUCAUGUGGACCUUCUCCUACCUUGCUGUUUGGCUUUGACAGGAGGAGUCUUCCUUGUUAUUAACGGGCUAAUUGGGUUGUGUGUCUCUAAGAAUGGUUCUCGCUGCCAGCAAGGAACUUUUAUGUACAUAAUUGUGAUAGUGAUCUGCUUGGAGGCAUCUGCUGCAAUUCUCACAUUUCUUUAUAUUCACAAGAUGGACUACGAGUUGAACCCAAUGGUUGGUGAAUUCACACAUUAUAAUGGCAGUUACUCUGAUGGUGCUGUCGACAAAGUUCAAAAAGAGCUAAAGUGCUGCGGCUUAAAUAAUUACACUGACUGGGAAAUCACUUCAUGGUACGAACAAAAUUCAAGUGUACCAAAGACCUGUUGUAACACAACAUUUACAUGGUGCACUGGAGAUGUCUCCCUUCCAAAUCAGCUAUAUCAAGAGGGCUGUUUUGUAAAGCUACAUCAUAGGAUCAGCUUCCACAUGACAUUGCUAUUUUGGUCAUGUAUUGGCAUCAUAUGUGUCAAGGCUCUUGCAGCUAUUAAUGAUGGUGUUCUGAUGACACGAAAUCCAUUCCAAGACUUUCGAAUUCUUGAUUCGGGAACGUUUGCAUAAUUUUUUUGGAACAAUUUCAUUGAAGUUUGUAAUAAACCACAAAAAGAGAUUUUGCUGCACUUUUAAUUGAACUAUUGUAUGUUUAAUUAUGUUAAAUUAUAAUCUGUAUAUAUGUAUUAUUUUAGAAAUAUUUGAAAAAUAAUCUUUGAUUGUCUUACUAAUGCUUAUUUCCUAUAAAUGGAGGGUAUGUUAACUAUCAAUACAGUUGGGAUAAUUUUUGUAUGUUUUUCAUUUUAUUUUUUAAAGGGAAGCCAUGUUUAUACAGUAAAGGGAUGUUUUUGUAAUUUUCAAACAUCAUCAACUAUUGUGUUACUAUGGAAGUCUGAAGAAAACUAGCCCUCAUUGAAUAGAGGAUAUAGAAAACAAAAAUCUGUUAUUAAACUGGAUUAAAGGGACAUUGAAAUUAUUUUUUUGUAUAUGCAUCACAUAUAUUCACAAUUAAGCACAUCAUUACAAAAGAUCUGUAUACAAAAGAAAUGUUUUAAAAUAAUUGAACACUGUCAUUUUGUUUGCAUAGUUUUACAAGGUUUUGCAAAUAAAGAGCUGUUCAAUGAUA